GGUGCUGCCGGUGCUGCCGGAGGUGCCGGUGCCGCGGAGCGGGGCCGGGCCGGGGCCAGAGCCGCGGCGGAGGCCGCGCUGCUCCCACUGUGCCACUGUCCCAGAUGUCCCCCAUGGGGCUGGGGGCAGCCCCUUACCUGCUGCUGGCCCUGCUGUGCCUGGCCCCCCUCACUGCUGCCCCGCCGCCCCCCACAGCACCCACCAGCCUCCCAGGACCCCUGGGGACAGCACCGGGACCCCCCGCACCCCGCAGUGAAGCCCCUGUCCUCUCCCUCAACCUCGGCCUCAACUUCAAGAUCAAGGUGCGAAGCCAGGGCAACCCCCGCCCCGCCGCCCCCUCUGCCCCCCCAGCACCCCCCUAUCCACUGCCCCCUGGCACUACUGGGACCCCUGUGCCCCUGACCCUGCUGCCAUCAGGCUUGGGCUGGCCUGACUCCAGGGAUGAGCCGGGCUCUGGGGUCCCCCCGGAGGAAGUGGGGGGGUGGGGGGGCCCUCCUCUCCGUGCCAGCACAACCCCCCCGGCAUCCCUGGCUGGGGAGCAGGACAAGGAGCUGGAGCUGGACAUCGCCAUUGACCUGACGGCAGGGCUGGAGCCUGAAGUGGGGCCAGGGGGUGCCGUGCCCCCCACCAGCCUCCUGUGGGCCCACCCCAGCCCCCGCCGCCCCAUCCCGCUCAUCCCUGGCAUCAAGGCCGGCAUCUCGGAGCUGGCCAGCAAACUCAGUGCUGCUGGGUUUCUGGUGCCCACGGCGCCCCCCAGGGUCGGCCACGAGGUGCCGGGGGGCAACGGGUCCCAGGAGCAGGAUCAGGCUGGCAGUGGUGCUGAGCCAGCCCACCCCCCUGGCCGCCAGCCCCCCCGGGGCACCGUGCCCCCCUCGGCCGCCGCCUCUGCCUGCACCCAGGGCUCCACCUGCGGCUCAGGGGGACCAGAUCCCCAGGGUGCCCCCGCCACUCCCCUCUCCUGGCCCCCCCACUUCGUGGCCCUGCAGACCAGCUGGUCCGUGGCCACCGCCACCUGGGGCCUGGCCUGGGAGGCCCACAUCUACGGGAUCGGAUGCCUUUUCGCUCUACUGGGACUACUGGGAAUCGUGGUGCUACUGGGGGGUCCCUGCAGUCGGCCACCUGCUGCCCGGCUGCUGGGGGGGCUGUUGGCAGCAGCGGGGGCUGCCCGCGCCUUCCCCCUCUUCUUCGACGCCUACGAGCAGCAUGGCCGCCUGCCCCCCACCGCUGCGCGCCUCCUCUUCGAGCUGCCUUUCCCAUGCCUGGGCUGGGGGCUGGUGCUGGCCCUGCGCUCCCCCUCUCGCUGCCAGACCCCCGCCGUGGUGGCGCUGGGAGUGCUGCACGUGGCGGGGGUGCUGGGCACCGUGCUGGCAGUGGCGAUGCUGGGCCGGCUGCCGGGGCUGCUGCUGCUGCCGCGGGGGCUCUUUGCUGGCCUGGUGGCUGCCCUGACCCUAUGGCUGGGCUGUCGCCUGGCCGAGGCCACCAUGGGGCUGCCCCUGGCUGUGCUGGCACUGGUGGUGGCCCCUCCUCCCCGGCAGUCCCCUGCUGAGCCCCCCAACGGCUGCGCCCUGAGGCCGCAGGGGGACACCGAGGCGCUGCCGCUCUGUGGGGACCACCCUGAGCCCCCUGAGGCCGACGGGGACCCCACAGCUGGCUACCGGCCCCCCUCGCCCAUUGACCUGCGCCGCAGCAUUGAUGAGGCGCUGGGAGCCCGGCCCGGAAUCUUCCGUCACGGCACCGUGGCAGGGAUCAGCGUCAUUGGCACAGUGGGAAUCGGCACCGAUGGCACGGCAGGGAGCAGUGCCACCAGCACGGCUGGGAUCGGCACAACAGGCUUGCCAGGGAUCGGCACCACCAGCACAACUGCGACACCAACUAACAACUUGGGGACCUCCCAUGUCCUUGAGACCCUCAAAUACAGGUGGCAACCUGGCGCCCCCCCAUCUGCCCUGCAAGUCCCCGAGACCCUCAAAUACGGGUGA